AUGGGCCCUAGUGUCUCGUCUCACGCUCUCAAGGCUUGCCGGAUGUCUAAUGAAGCGCCUGCGGACGAUGAGGUCGCCGCCAGGGUCAGGGCGGCCGUUGCAGGGAUCGAUCGAUGCUCGUGCAAGGAGGACAACGUGGAUCGCGACAAGAGGCGCGAGUCCGCAGAGAAGCUGAAGUCCGAAAAGGACUUGGAAAAGAAGAAGGAAAAGAAGAAAAAUCUCGCGCGACAAGCGUUGGAGACUCGUCGAGCGAAGUCCAGGUUGAAGCGGCCGCUCGAACAGGCCCAGCCCUCGAUGGCCAAGAUGCUUAAGCCCAUUGGGCUCAACUCCGUCGAGGAGAAGAAGAAGAAGGAAGAGGAAGAGUGCGAGCGGGAGACACAGCAACAGCUGCCGGAGGGGCAGCAGCAGCCACUGCAGGAAGGAGAAGAAGGAGAGGAGGGGCGGCGGCGACAAGGGGAUCAGCUCGAGGAGCUACUGGAGUAG